UGCUCUAAUCAUGUCAGAUAAAGAUGACACUGAGACACCAGUGGUAACCAAAGCAACUCCCAGUCCUGAGGAUGGGAAUUGUGAACCAGCAAGGAAUUCUGAGUCUGCUGACCAAAGCACCAAGCCAGAGAGCAAAUCAGAACCUGUAGCUUCCACUCGGAAACGCCCAGAAGCCCGGUCUUCUCAUGACCUUGACACUGCAGACAUUCACCCUGUUCAGGAAUCUCAAGCUUUAGGCAAAGAUCCUUUUUCCAAAGAGGUAGCCCAGACUGGAUGGGGCUACUGGGGCAGCUGGGGCAAGUCCUUACUCUCCUCGGCCUCAGCUACUGUAGCCACAGUAGGACAAGGUAUUUCAAAUGUCAUUGAGAAGGCAGAGAAUUCUCUUGGAAUUCCAAGUCCCGUUGAAAUUUCAACUCAAGUCCAAUAUGCGUCAGGCGAUACUAACACCAAAGGGAAUGAAAGCACUUCCCCAGUGGCUGGACCAUUUGGCGUCUUCUCCACCAUCUCCACUGCUGUUCAGAGCACAGGAAAGAGCGUAAUCAGUGGGGGUUUGGAUGCUUUAGAAUUCAUUGGGAAAAAGACAAUGGACGUGAUAGCAGAAGGAGAUCCAGGGUUUCGAAAAACCAAGGGUUUGAUAAACCGGAAUUCUACAUUGUCUCAGGUUUUACGAGAGGCCAAGGAGAAAGAAGAGCUGAGGACCACCAAUGAGGUUACCAUGGAAACAGACAGGAAAACUCAUUAUGGAUUACUCUUUGAUGAAUUUCAAGGUCUUUCUCAUCUAGAAGCUCUGGAGAUGCUUUCCCGAGAGAGUGAAAUAAAGGUGAAAUCUAUUCUGAAUUCUCUGAGUGGGGAAGAAUUAGACACUCUAAAACUUGAUUUAGAGCAACUCAAAGAAACGUUUUCCUUAGAAGAGUUCUGUGAUGAAGAAGAAGAAGAGAAAAAAGGGGAUGAAGACUUUACCAAAGAAAUAAUGGAGCUAUUUUCCCAGCUACACAUCUCCUGUAGACCAGAGAAACUCACCAGAGCAAGAAAUGCUGCUUAUGAAUGGAUUGAGACACCUCUGAAGAAGCCAUUGGUAGAAAAGGAAGAAGAGGAAAAAUAUUUGGAAAUACAAAGCACUGAGCAAGUCAAUAAAAAAUCAGUAGAGUGUUUGUUUUUCCAGGAUAUCCAUGCAUUUGCAAUCCGGAGCCUGGCUGAACUGACUGCCUACUCAAUCGAACUUUUCCACAAAACAGCAGCAUUGGUUCUGCACGGUCAGAAGCAGGAAGUGACCGCCAUAGAAAGGAGCAGAGCCCUUUCCCAGAUGACAGUUGUAUUGUGUAAAGAUUUGUCCAUUAUGUCUAAAGAGUUCACCACCUGCCUAACAAGUGCUGGGGUCAAAGAAAAGGCAGAUGUCCUGAACCCAUUAAUCACUGCAGUGUUUCUCGAGGCGUCAAACAGUGCUUCCUAUAUUCAGGAUGCCUUUCAGCUACUCUUACCUGUGCUGGAGAUUUCACUCAUUGAGAGCAAGACUCAACUGCCGCAGGCAUGAGCUGCAGGCCCUGUGCCUUUGUUAGAACAUUGAAGAACUGAGGAGAUUCAAGCUGGACUAGUGGCAUGGUCCGGAAGUGCCACAUUCUAUUGGAUGGAUACUCAUGCAGAAGCCAGGAAAGGGUUAGUUUAGUACUGAAAGAUUCAGGCAGGAGAGCAAACUGUAAAAGGAAAGUUGUUGCCUUCCCUGCUUAGGCUCUCAACACUACUGUUCCCAGUUGUUAUAAUUAAAUAUGAAAACAUUCCUUUGUAGAAGGUCCAAAGAUAACAGCUCUAGAGGAAGGUCAGUGGGCACUCAGGAAAGUGCUUUUCUUUCUUUGGUAGGGUGCACAACACUAAAAUUUUGCCAUGAAUGUAAUUGGCUUUUUUCCAAAGGAGAAGGAACGUAAUUUGACAUUAUAGAAUUCAUAUGCGUAGCCUAUUAUUGGCAUCUAGAUUCUCCGGUCUAGAAAUAAAAUCUAUGCCUGUAAGAAAUUUGAGUAUGUAUAAACUCUAAUGAUUGCUCUUUAUAAUGUGCAUUUUUAGAAAUGGUUAUAGAGUUGCAUCUGUUCUAUUCUAAGCAAAGAGUUGAGAAUAAGGAGGAAGUUGUAGAAGACUAUAUAUGUAACCACAUAAAUUAACUAUUGCAGCAUGCCCUUGACUUCAAAUAGCACCCAGCCCCCAUCCUAGGGUGAUACAUCUCAAGUUAUAGCUGACUCUCACCUAACUGGAUUCAAGACCAUUAAGUGGAACUUGUAAAAAUGUCUUUUCAGAUAUUCUGUUUCUUCAGGAUAUUUUUCAUGCAUACCCUAUAUGCAGGAUAAAUUCUAUAACAGCCAACUCCAAAGGAGUGUUAAAGUUCCUUUAGUAAUUGGAGUUUUUAUUGUUUGAAUAUUGUUGAAAAGGACUAUGGAGUCCUAUGGAAAUUAUGUUCCUUUGUAACAGAAUCUAACCUAUAAAACAAUCUAUUUAAUCCUCA